UGGUAAAGGUAAAGGCUACAAGACCAUCUCCAAGCAGCUUGAUGUUCCUGUGAAAACAGUUGCAAAUAUUAUUAAGAAGUUUAAGGUCCAUGGAACUGUAGCCAACCUCCCUGGGCGCGGCCGCAAGAGGAAAAUCGACCCCAGAGUGAACAGAAGGAUAGUGCGAAUGGUAGAAAAAGAACCAAGGAUAACUGCCAAAGAGAUACAAGCUGAACUCCAAGGUGAAGGUACGUCAGUUUCUGAUCGCACCAUCCGUCACUUUUUGAGCGAAAGUGGGCUCCAUGGAAGAAGACCCAGGAGGACUCCACUUUUGAAAGAAAAACAUAAAAAAGCCAGACUGGAAUAUGCUAAAAUGCAUAUUGACAAGCCACAAUCCUUCUGGGAGAAUGUCCUUUUGACAGAUGAGUCAAAACUGGAGCUUUUUGGCAAGUCACAUCAGCUCUAUGUUCACAGAUGAAAAAAUGAAGCUUUCAAAGAAAAGAACACCAUACCUACAGUGAAACAUGGAGGAGGCUCGGUUAUGUUUUGGGGCUGCUUUGCUGCGCCUGGCACAGGGUGCCUUGAAUCUGUGCAGGGCACAAUGAAAUCUCAAGACUAUCAAGGCAUUCUGGAGCGAAACGUACUGCCCAGUGUCAGAAAGUUCUGUCUCAGUCGCAGGUCAUGGGUCCUCCAACAGGAUAAUGACCCAAAACACACAGCUAAAAGCACCCAAGAAUGGAUAAGAACAAAACAUUGGACUAUUCUGAAGUGGCCUUCUAUGAGUCCUGAUCUGAAUCCUAUCGAACAUCUAUGGAAAGAGCUGAAACUUGCAGUGGAGAAGGCACCCAUCAAACCUGGGACAGCUGGAGCAGUUUGCUCAGGAGGAGUGGGCCAAACUACCUGUUAACAGGUGCAGAAGUCUCAUUGAGAGCUACAGAAAGCGUUUGAUUGCAGUGAUUGCCUCUAAAGGUUGUGCAACAAAACAUUAGGUUAGCAGUCCCAUCAUUUUUGUCCAUGCCAUUUUCAUUUGUUUUCUUAUUUACAAUAUUAUGUUGAAUAAAAAAUCAAAAGCAAAGUCUGAUUUCUAUUAAAUAUGGAAUAAACAAUGGUGGAUGCCAAUUACUUUUGUCAGUUUCAAGUUAUUUCAGAGAAAAUUGUGCAUUCUUUGUUUUUUGUGGAGGGGUACCAACAAAUUUGAGCACGUCUGUAUAUAUACAGUACUGUGCAAAAGUUUUAGGCAGGUGUGAAAAAAUGCUGUAAAGUAAGAAUGCUUUCAAAAAUAGACAUGUUAAUAGUUUAUAUUUAUCAAUUAACAAAAUGCAAAGUGAGUGAACAGAAGAAAAAUCUACAUCAAAACAGUAUUUGGUGUGACCACCCUUUGCCUUCAAAACAGCAUCAAUUCUUCUAGGUACACUUGCACACAGUUUUUGAAGGAACUCGGCAGGUAGGUUGGCCCAAACAUCUUGGAGAAGUAACCACGUUCUUCUGUGGAUUUAGGCACCCUCAGUUGCUUCUCUCUCUUCAUGUAAUCCCAGACAGACUCGAUGAUGUUGAGAUCAGGGCUCUGUGGGGGCCAUACCAUCACUUCCAGGACUCCUUGUUCUUCUUUACGCUGAAGAUAGUUCUUAAUGACUUUCGUUGUAUGUUUGGGGUCGUUGUCAUGCUGCAGAAUAAAUUUGGGGCCAAUCGGAUGCCUCCCUGAUGGUAUUGCAUGAUGGAUAAGUAUCUGCCUGUACUUCUCAGCAUUGAGGAGACCAUUAAUUCUGAUCAAAUCCCCAACUCCAUUUGCAGAAAUGCAGCCCCAAACUUGCAAGGAAUCUCCACCAUGCUUCACUGUUGCCUGCAGACACUCAUUCGUGUACCGCUCUCCAGCCCUUCGGCGAACAAACUGCCUUCUGCUACAGCCAAAUAUUUCAAAUUUUGACUCAUCAGUCCAGAGCACCUGCUGCCAUUUUUCUGCACCCCAGUUCCUGUGUUUUCGUGCAUAGUUGAGUCGCUUGGCCUUGUUUCCACGUCGGAGGUAUGGCUUUUUGGCCGCAAGUCUUCUCCGGACAGUAGAUGGGUGUACCAGGGUCCCACUGUUUUCUGCCAAUUCUGAGCUGAUGGCACUGCUGGACAUCUUCCGAUUGCGAAGGGAAGUAAGCAUGAUGUGUCUUUCAUCUGCUGCAGUAAGUUUCCUUGGCCGACCACUGCGUCUACGGUCCUCAACGUUGCCCGUUUCUUUGUGCUUCUUCAAAAGAGCUUGGACAGCACAUCUGGAAACCCCUGUCUGCCUUGAAAUUUCUGCCUGGGAGAGACCUUGCUGAUGCAGUAUAACUACCUUGUGUCUUGUUGCUGUGCUCAGUCUUGCCAUGGUGUAUGACUUUUGACAGUAAACUGUCUUCAGCAACCUCACCUUGUUAGCUGAGUUUGGCUGUUCCUCACCCAGUUUUAUUCCUCCUACACAGCUGUUUCUGUUUCAGUUAAUGAUUGUGUUUCAACCUACAUAUUGAAUUGAUGAUCAAUAGCACCUGUUUGGUAUAAUCGUUUAAUCAUACACCUGACUAUAUGCCUACAAAAUCCCUGACUUUGUGCAAGUGUACCUAGAAGAAUUGAUGCUGUUUUGAAGGCAAAGGGUGGUCACACCAAAUACUGAUUUGAUGUAGAUUUUUCUUCUGUUCACUCACUUUGCAUUUAGUUAAUUGAUAAAUGUAAUCUAUUAACAUGUCUAUUUUUGAAAGCAUUCUUACUUUACAGCAUUUUUUCACACCUGCCUAAAACUUUUGCACAGUACUGUAUAUAUACUGUAUCCAUAUAUAUAUAUAUAUAUAUAUAUAUAUAUAUAUAUAUAUAUAUAUAUAUACACUUCAAAAUACAGGUACAUUAACUACAAUGUAGUUACACUGUAAUUACAGUAUAUAAUACAUGUAAUUCCUCAUAAAUCCUAUAAGUGGACCAGUAACUACAUUAUGGAAUUCCAUAAAAUAACAACAUGUAGUUCUAUUUAGUUACAUAUGUAACUAAGUUAAAACAUAGUCUGACCUUAAUUACAGUAUUACUGAUUGUGAAAUGACCCCUUGUUACCUGGUGAUAACAGGACAUGGUAAAUGUAACAACAUUAUGAAUCAUGGUAAUUAUAAAACAAACAUAAUUAAAUGUAAUUCCUUUGGCAGUGUAUUGUAUUUUGAAGUGACUCCUUGUUAUCUUGUAAUAAAAGAAAUAAUGAAUUUAAUUGCAUUGUGAAUCAUGAUAAUUGCAAUAAAACAAAUAUAAUUCAAUGUGAUUCCUUUGGCAGUGUACUGUAUUUUGAAGUGACUCUUUGUUACCAUGUAAUAAAAGAAAAUACUGAAUGUAA